AUGAGCACCACCGCGAAGGAUCUAUCCUGCAACAUUCCGUUGCAGGAAGUGGAGCAGACUUCCAGAAUUGGAGUUACAGCGUACGCCUGUUCCUCCAAGGGCGUCGUGGAUGUGCUGACGAAGAAGGUACCGGCAGCGGGAGCAGAAAAGAUUAAAUUCGAAGAAAUGGACUGGAUUUCCAAAGCGUUGUUGGUGAGUUGCCAGUCGGACGAGUACCUGGAAAUCGUCCGGGAGAAGGCUACCACAAAGGAGAUGUGGACCAGUCUGAAAACGACCUACGCGAAGAAGUCCGUGGCGAGCCAAACCAUAAUUCGGAAGCAGUUGGCUCGUCUUCGGAUGAAUGAAGGCGAAGACGUUCAGACGCAUCUUCUGGAGUUCGAAGGGCUUGUUAGAAAGUUGAAGACGGCCGGAGCGACGCUAGCGGAAAGUGAUCUGGUAUCGUAG